CUCCUGCUCAAGCCCAAAUCAUCCAUGCUGGGCAGGCGUGCGUGGUGAAGGAAGACAAUAUCAGUGAACGCGUUUACACGAUUCGGGAAGGAGACACACUGGUCCUGCAGUGUCUGGUCACAGGACACCCGCGGCCACAGGUGAGAUGGACCAAAACCGCUGGCAGCGCAUCGGACAAAUUCCAAGAGACAUCAGUGCUUAACGAGACCCUUCGGAUUGAGAAGAUCCAAAGGCUGCAGGGGGGCCGCUAUUACUGUAAAGCAGAAAAUGGGGUUGGGGUCCCUGCCAUCAAGUCCAUUCGAGUAGAUGUGCAGUAUCUAGAUGAACCUGUUCUCACUGUGCACCAGACCAUCAGUGACGUACGUGGCAGCUUCUACCAAGAGAAGACUGUCUUCCUCCGCUGCACUGUCAACUCCAACCCGCCAGCUCGCUUCAUCUGGAAACGGGGAGCUGAGACACUUUCCCACAGUCAGGACAAUGGUGUGGACAUCUACGAACCCCUCUACACACAGGGUGAAACCAAAGUCUUGAAGCUGAAGAACCUGCGGCCCCAGGAUUACGCCAGCUACACGUGCCAGGUGUCCGUCCGCAACGUCUGCAGCAUCCCUGACAAAUCCAUCACCUUCCAGCUCACAAAUACCACAGCCCCACCUGCUCUGAAGCUGUCUGUCAAUGAGACGCUGGUGGUCAAUCCUGGUGACAACAUCACUAUGCAGUGCUCUCUGACGGGUGGUGACCCGCAUCCGGAGGUGGUUUGGUCUCACUCUCCUGGCCCAAUGCCUCCCAACAGCCUUGUGCAAGGAGGCAACCUCACCAUCUGGAGGAUCCACGUGGAGGACUCGGGCUACUACAACUGCACAGCCAUCAACAACGUGGGGAACCCGGCAAAGAAGACAGUGAACCUGCUGGUGCGCUCUAUGAAGAAUGCCACGUUCCAAAUCACCCCUGAUGUGAUCAAAGAGAGCGAGACCAUCCAGUUAGGGCAGGACUUGAAGCUUUCAUGCCACGUGGAUGCUGUCCCUCAGGAGAAGGUUGUCUAUUCCUGGUACAAGAAUGGGAAACCAGCCAGGUUCUCAGACCGGUUGCUCAUCACCAGAAAUGACCCUGAGCUCCCACCGGUGACCUGCAGCUUGGAGAUUAUUGACCUGAGAUUCAGUGACUAUGGUACCUACCUGUGCGUGGCUACCUUCCAGGGAGCACCCAUUCCUGACCUCAGCGUGGAGGUGAACAUCUCCUCAGAGACAGUGCCACCAACCAUCAGUGUCCCUAAGGGUCAGUCCACAAUCACCGUCCGGGAGGGCUCCCGGGCUGAGCUGCAGUGCGAGGUCCGAGGGAAGCCCAAGCCCCCCAUCAUCUGGUCCCGGGUAGAUAAGGAAACCCCCAUGCCUUCAGGAACAAUGACAAUGGAGACAUACGAUGGGAAGCUGCGCCUGGAGAGCGUGAGCCGAGAAAUGAGCGGGACCUAUAAAUGUCAGACAGCCAGGUACAAUGGCUUUAACAUCAAACCCCGGGAAGCCCUGGUACAGCUCAACGUGCAAU